AUGACUUCCUCGCUGCAGCGGCCUUGGCCGGUGCCCUGGCUACUAUGGGCCGUCCUGAUGGUCAGCGCCGUGACUGCUUCCCAGAAUCAAGAACGGCUAUGUGCAUUCAAAGACCCUUACCAACAAGACCUUGGGAUAGGUGAGAGUAGAAUCUCUCAUGAAAAUGGAACAAUAUUGUGCUCAAAAGGUAGCACUUGCUAUGGCCUAUGGGAGAAAUCCAAAGGAGACAUAAAUCUUGUAAAGCAAGGAUGUUGGUCUCACAUUGGAGAUCCCCAAGAAUGUCACUAUGAAGAAUGUGUAGUAACUACCACCCCUCCCUCAAUUCAGAAUGGAACAUACCGUUUUUGCUGCUGUAGCACAGAUUUAUGUAAUGUCAACUUUACUGAGAAUUUCCCACCUCCUGACACAACACCACUCAGUCCACCUCAUUCAUUUAACCGAGAUGAGACAAUAAUCAUUGCCUUGGCAUCAGUCUCUGUAUUAGCCGUUCUGGUAGUUGCCUUAUGCUUCGGAUACCGAAUGUUGACAGGAGACCGCAAACAAGGUCUGCACAGUAUGAACAUGAUGGAGGCAGCAGCAUCAGAGCCCUCUCUUGACCUAGAUAAUUUGAAACUGUUGGAGCUGAUUGGACGGGGUCGAUAUGGAGCAGUAUAUAAAGGUUCCUUGGAUGAGCGUCCAGUUGCUGUAAAAGUGUUUUCUUUUGCAAACCGUCAGAAUUUUAUAAACGAAAAAAACAUUUACAGAGUGCCUUUGAUGGAACAUGACAACAUUGCUCGCUUUAUAGUUGGAGAUGAGAGAGUCACUGCAGAUGGACGUAUGGAAUAUUUGCUUGUGAUGGAGUAUUAUCCCAAUGGAUCUCUCUGCAAGUAUUUGAGCCUCCAUACAAGUGACUGGGUAAGCUCUUGCCGAUUGGCUCAUUCUGUGACUCGAGGACUGGCUUAUCUUCACACAGAAUUGCCACGAGGAGAUCAUUAUAAACCUGCAAUUUCCCAUCGAGAUUUAAACAGCAGAAAUGUCCUGGUAAAAAAUGAUGGAACCUGUGUCAUUAGUGACUUUGGGCUGUCCAUGAGGCUGACUGGAAAUAGACUGGUGCGUCCAGGAGAAGAAGAUAAUGCAGCCAUAAGUGAGGUUGGCACAAUUAGAUAUAUGGCACCAGAAGUGCUAGAAGGAGCUGUGAACCUGAGAGACUGCGAAUCAGCUUUGAAACAAGUAGACAUGUAUGCACUUGGGCUCAUCUAUUGGGAGAUAUUUAUGAGAUGUACAGACCUUUUCCCAGGUGAAUCUGUACCAGAAUACCAGAUGGCUUUUCAGACAGAAGUUGGAAAUCAUCCCACUUUUGAGGAUAUGCAGGUACUUGUGUCCAGAGAAAAACAGAGACCCAAGUUCCCAGAAGCCUGGAAAGAAAAUAGCCUGGUUCCAAGCUCCGAGGUUUCUCAGUGUGCAAUCAGCCGGUCUGGCGCCGGCACCUUGGGUGCUUCUGCGCUGGUGUUCUGCAGACAACCCACUGUUGCACUGGGGUCUCUGGCAGCCCCUGCCAGGCCUGGCCAGCCGCGCAAUCUGUCACAUAAUAGGCGUGUGCCAAAAAUUGGCCCUUACCCAGAUUACUCUUCUUCCUCAUACAUUGAAGAUUCUAUUCAUCACACUGACAGCAUUGUGAAGAAUAUUUCCACAGAGCAUUCAGUGUCCACCACACCUUUGACUAUAGGGGAAAAGAAUCGAAACUCAAUUAAUUAUGAACGACAGCAAGCACAAGCUCGAAUCCCCAGCCCUGAAACAAGCGUCACCAGCCUGUCCACCAAUACAACAACCACAAACACUACUGGCCUCACUCCAAGUACUGGCAUGACUACUAUAUCUGAGUUGCCAUACCCAGAUGAAACAAAUCUUCAUGCCACAAAUGUUGCACAGUCUAUUGGGCCAACCCCUGUAUGCUUACAACUGACAGAAGAAGACUUGGAGACCAACAAGCUAGACCCAAAAGAAGUUGAUAAGAACCUCAAGGAAAGCUCUGAUGAGAAUCUCAUGGAGCAUUCUCUUAAACAGUUCAGUGGACCAGACCCACUGAGCAGUACCAGUUCUAGCUUGCUUUACCCACUCAUAAAGCUUGCAGUGGAAGUGACUGGGCAGCAGGACUUCACACAGGUUGCAAAUGGCCAAGCAUGUCUAAUUCCUGAUGUUCCAUCUGUUCAGAUCUAUCCUCUCCCCAAGCAACAGAACCUUCCUAAGAGACCUACUAGUUUGCCUUUGAACACUAAAAAUUCAACUAAGGAGCCCCGGCUAAAAUUUGGCAGCAAGCACAAAUCAAACUUGAAACAAAUAGAAACUGGAGUUGCCAAGAUGAAUACAAUCAAUGCAGCAGAACCUCACGUGGUGACAGUCACUAUGAAUGGUGUGGCUGGUAGAAACCACAGUGCUAACUCCCAUGCUGCCACAACCCAGUAUGUCAAUGGGGCAGUACCUUCUGGCCAGACAGCCAAUAUAGUGGCACAUAGGGCCCAAGAAAUGCUGCAGAAUCAAUUUACUGGUGAAGACACCCGGUUGAAUAUUAAUUCCAGUCCUGAUGAGCAUGAACCUUUACUGAGACGAGAACAACAGGCUAGCCAUGAUGAAGGUGUGCUGGAUCGUCUUGUGGACAGGAGAGAACGGCCACUAGAAGGUGGCCGAACUAAUUCCAAUAACAACAACAGCAAUCCAUGUUCAGAACAAGGUGUACUUACACAGAGUGUUUCAAGCACAGUAGCUGAUCCUGGGCCAUCGAAGCCCAGAAGAGCACAGAGGCCUAAUUCUCUGGAUCUUUCUGCCACCAAUGUCCUGGAUGGCAGCAGUCUACAGAGUAAGUAG